UCCAUAUUCCUUUAUAAUCGUGUUUCUUUCUUGCUCAAAACGCAUUGAUUUGGCUUCGGACACGAAAACUGAGAAGCUUUAUGCUGGAAAUGUGUAGUAGAUUGCAGUUUUUUUGCCUCCAAUUAUGUGAUGCACAAUCUUAAGUUGAUGAAUUAUUAGCUGAUGUUAUGCUGUUUAAGAACUAGUUCAGUGGCGAAUGAUCUCAAAAGGUUUUCUAUUUAAUGGUGUGAUUUGUUGUUCGCGUAAGUUGUACUGUCGGUUUCUUUAUAUCAUUUUAGCUGUUGAUAUUGAUUGUCCACUCCCAGAUCAUCUUUUGCUUUCUUGUUUCUUUUUCACCUCUUUUGAAGUUGUUAUAUCAGUGCUAUUGCCAAACUUCAAAUAUUGAACCAAUGUUUCAAGAUAUACUGUUUUCAUAUGCGAGGCCAGAACUUGUCGGUCAUCAUUCAAAGUGUUCAUUGUUCAGUAGUUUUGAAUCAGUUGAAUCUUUAUUGUUUGUUCUUAAGGGAGUCCGUGUUCAGGUUGGUGAAGAUGAACUGUACUGGGACGGGAAGGAACGAGAUAAGGAAUCAGCAUGGUCACAUGAUUCUGCUCACUUAAUAUCACAGUUAGCCCAAUGCUUUAAUAUAAAGAAUGCUACCAAUAUCGUAAAAUCUGUCCAAAUAGUUGUGUCUUUUCUUGUGUAUUCAUGUAAUAAACGGAGAGGGAAGUGCAUAGUCAAUUUAUCCAAUUGUGUUUUACAUAAUAUAUUCUAUUUAUUUGUUCCUGAUCUGCUUCUUUCAUUUUUAGCUAAUGCUAUGGUUGGACCACGAUCGUGGGUAGGAGGAUUCUUUAGCCGCACCACCAACAGAAGAUUUGGAAGCACCCAAUUUCUCGACUACACUUUGACCCCUAUGCAGGACGAAAGAUUGCAAAGCCUUAAAGAACGUCUAGGAGUUCCUUAUGAUGAGACACGGAACGAACAUCAAGAAGCUCUUCAAGCCUUGUGGGAUGCGGCCUUCCCGGAUGUUAAGCUUAAAGGAAUGAUAUCCGAGCAGUGGAAAGAUAUGGGAUGGAAGGGAGCAAAUCCGUCGACUGAUUUCAGGGGCUGUGGCUUCCUCUCACUUGAGAACUUGCUAUACUUUGCCCAGAAUUACCCGGCUACUUUUAAUAGGUUACUUCUAAAGCAAGCUGGGGAGCAUUCCGAAUGGGAGUACCCGUUUGCCGUUGCUGGCAUUAACGUCUCGUUCAUGCUGAUUCAGAUGCUAGAUUUACAUUCAGAAAAGCCCAGAUGUCUCCCCGGAUUCAACUUUGUUACAUUAUUAGGAGAAGACGGAGAUGCAUUCGACAUCCUCUAUUGUAUAGCUUUCACGAUGAUGGACGCUCAAUGGCUUGCAAUGCAUGCUUCAUACAUGGAUUUCAAUGAAGUGUUGCAAAUAACAAGAACACAAUUGGAAAGAGAAUUGUCUUUAGAAGAUGUUCGUGGAAUACAUGAUUUGCCAGCUUUUAACUUUCUGUUUCUGUAGUUCGUUCUAUCUAUCUAUAUAUACAUUUAUUGGAGUAUUACUUAAUUCCAAGAUUUAGAAGCAAUGCGAAUUCUUCCUCUUUUUAUGGUGUCUUUAGAGAUGCACCGGGCGGAUUAGUUUACCUGGUGUAGCAUCUACCGUCUGUGUCGGGCUUAAGCCUGACACGGACGUAUCAUGUGGAUGGCCGUUGAUGAGACAUUUGAUGUAAAUUUGUACUAAUUCGUAUGUUGUAGCAUCUAUGGAAUCUGAGGCAUCUAAUGUGGUAAUCCAUUCGUCUCCAAAGAGAUAAACUAUUUGACAAUAGAAUGUGUUUCCCUAAUAAGUGUUAAUCCCACCAUCCCAUAAUAAGAGUUACAUUUUGCUA